AUGCCGUCCCUCUACGGCAUCUUUUCCUCCUCAUCGACGUCGACGGCGGCCGCGACGACGACGACAAAGACGGCCAACAAGUCCAAGCUUCGCAACGACAAGAAGCAGUCUGCCGCCUCGGCCCGCCACAACGCCGCCAGGCACCGCGUCCACGACGUCACCUACGGCCCACCGCCGCCGAGGGGAUCCGUCACGACAGAGAAGCUCUUCUACCUCGACUGGAGGCUCGCCCACAUCCGCGACUCGAGGCUCUCGUCCCAAGACACUGGCCGCGACUGGGCCGACGGCCGAAACACCAUCGGCCGCACCUCGUUCGAAAUCUGCCAGCUGGCUCGCGACCAGGAUCGCGCCGAGUCGUCGAGCUCCGAGUCGGACCACAUUGCUGCCGUCGCCGCUGCCGCCGACCGACGCGCCUAUGCCGAUGAAAAGGCCGAGGGCAUCGUGGCGCUCAAGCAGGCCCUCAUGGUGGACAACGCCCUGGUCAACGUGCCACUCCUCGCCCGCGUCGACUCGUACAGCGGUUCCGACGGCUCCAGCAGCGACGACAACCACCCGGCUGCCAAGCAGCAACAGCAGCAGCCCCAGCAGAAGGACGCCGUUGCCGCCGCCGCUGCCGCUGCUGUCAAGGCGCGACCGACGUCUUCCAUCUUCCACCGAGCCAGCCGAAAGAUCUCGUCGGUCGGCAACCGGCCAAAGACGCAAGAGGGCGCCGCCAACCCGGCCGCCGCCGCAGCCACGGCCAAGGUCGACAGGCGAGCCUCUCUGCGCGGCCGAAUGCUGCCCAUGCGACUGUGGCAGAGCUGA